AUGUCUCUGAACACCACCACCACCACUACUGUGGCCACCACCAAGACCGUCGAGACCAUGCACAACUACGGCGCCGACUACUUUGAGAACUUUGGCGCCAUGGCCGUCCAAUACUUGCAACAAAAGUCCACAAAGUCGCAGCCUCAAUCGACGCAGUCUACUCCGUUGACCACUCCUCUGGCCAGCCCUACCUCUGAAGUCACACCAUCCAUGCACGGCUACGGCAACAGCUGGUUCGACAACUACGACAGCCAGUGGCAACAGUGGCAGAAGAAGAAGUCGGCCACCAAAUCUUCCAUCUAA